AUGGAUGCCAACAACAAAGUUUUGGUACGUCUCAAGGAUGCCAACGGUUCAGGAUCCCCAGCUAUCUCCACUAUUGUGACUGACACACUCGCUAACGGAGACCAACGAACAACGUUAGAGACCAGAAGGCAGCUAGAAGCUGCCAGCAGCCCUCUGCCGUUAGACGCGGUUGCCAAAGAGGAGAAGGAUGAGCACAGAGAGGAGAAGGACGGCCAAGGAGCCAAGGAGCAGGAGCGGAAGAACGCCAAGCAGACCCAGGGAGCCGACAGCGAAAUGGAGAAGAUGCGCUUAGACUUUGAGCUGACCCUUCUGAAGCGCCAGCACGAGGAGAAUGACAAGCAGCGGCAACACGAGGAGAAGAUGGAGAACAUACGCCAGCACUUGCCAUACAGAACCCCUGGCCAAGGGGACGAGGAGCAGCUCGGGAGCAAGUUGGACCCCAUCACGGAAAUUGAGCUAGAGAAGAUGCGCAUGGAAUUUGAGCUGGCCAAGCUGAAGCAAAUCUCUGAGGAGAAUGAGCGGCAGCGGCAGCACGAGCGGAAAAUGUACGAGGACAAGGAGAAGCAGCGGCAGCACGAGGAAACCAUGGAGAAGCUGCGCCUGCGGCAAGGAAAUAUCCGAGUGGUGGGCCCAAAGGCGACGGGGAGCAAGGCAGAAGCCGCAGCCGAGUCGUUUUCUGAGACCUUUGGUGAGGUGGGGAAGAUGAGGAUAGAGCUGCAGCUGGCCAUGGAAGUCUACUUGCCAGAGGUGACUGAAAAGAAGUCCCACUCUGAGCCUAGUGGGCAACAGGAAGGCCCAAAGGCUGAACAGCCACUGGAGAAGAUCCUGGAGGCAGAAAGGCCGCAAGUGCCACCGGAACAGAAGACCGACGAGGUGACUGAGCACCUGGGUCUGCAGGUACCCCGCAUUGUGGUGAGCGGAGCAGAGCCGGUGUGGUCAAGCAGCAGGUUAGACUUAGCUAUCGAGACUGAGCUGGAGAAGAGGAGGAUGGAGUUUGAGCUGACGAGGCUCAAAUACGAACACGAAGAGAAUGAGAGGCAGAGGCAGCAUGAGGAGAAGAUGGCACAGCUGCGCCAGCAGCAGGCGCCACUCAAGGAGCCUUCUGGGGGAAGCCAUCAUUUCCUGUUACCUCAUGACCAGUUCACCUUGUUCCUGUAUUGCUUCAUCUUCAUACACGUCAUCUACAUAGCAAAGGAACUGGUGCUCUUCUUCAUUAAGAAGCACGAGAUGUUUGCCAUUGGUGUCAUCCUCAUAUGUGCCAUUAAAAUAUUCUGGAAGUAA